CCCAUUUGGAUCCGCUUCCCAUCGUGCCUACCCCUCAAAUAUACUUUCUUUCUUUUGUGUGUGUUUUACAGAGAGUUGUUCUCAACCAUGAGAAUAAGGAAGCACGCAAAAAUUUCCCCGCUCUUCUAUACUUGUUCUGUAUUCCCCGGUGCUCACCAUUGUCAGCUCAAUCAGUCUCCAUGGGACGUCAUCACGUUCCAAGACGAUAACAUUAACCAGCAGCCACUACUUGUUGCACCUCCACUACCACCGGCCUCUUCUUCGUAUCAGUUGGAUGGAUAUUAUAGCUGUGCUGUAAAUGAGACCUUUUGUGAUUCUGAACAGAGCAUCACGUCAAUGAAGCUAGACGAUAAUGGGGACGCGAGAAAGAUGAGUUUUUUAGACAAUAAUAUCGCUGAUGUGCCUGCUGAUUGUAAUGAUUUCGACAAAGACGAUGAGAUGGUAGAUGGAAAUAACAGUGUUACAACAAUGUGCGUCAAGAAUGACGGGAAGGGAUGGCAAUGCAGUAGAGAGGCGAAAAGAGGGCAUAAUUUAUGUGAGCACCAUUUUGCUCAAGGGAAGAAGCAUUGCAGUAGCAACAACUCAGCUCAAUAUUCUACUACUACUGCUGCUAACUCCGACACCGAAAUUAAGCAAACUGUGGAGGUGGAGGCCGAGCCAACUCCGAGUUUUCGUGGCCGCCCUCAUCGUCCUAAGAAAUCAUCGUCUUUCGAAUAUUACUACUAUUCUGGUUUUGGUCCUUUAUGGGGCAAGAAAAGAGGUCCAUCGACUUGUAGGAAGAAUAAUACAACAGCACCCGCGGCAGCUGAAAACAACUCUAGUCGUGACAGUACUACUCACGGGGGACAAUCUUCGUCUCCUCAAAUGGAUAAUGUUGCAGUUGAGCACGUUGAAGACGAGGAUGAUGAUGCUGAAGAAGUUGAAAAUUGUAAGCUGAUAAAAAGAUCCCGUAAGCCCAUCAAGGCUAGGUCACUCAAAUCUCUGAUGUGAAAUUCUCAACAGCAAUUUCUAGCUAGCUAGCGUAUGUAAUUUUUUUUUGUCGAAAUGUGCUGUUAUUAUAAUCGUAGAAUGUAGUUUGUUUAGGGCAUAUGGUCCUACUGCUCUAGGUGACAUUAACUUUGCUUAAAACAGUGUAAAAUGUUUUUACGUAGACCUUGGUGUUGGAUUGGACAAAUCUGAAAAAGGAUAAUACUGUAAUUCACAUGGGUCACUUCAUUUUUCAAUGAAUAUUUCGUUUGAAU